AUGGGCGAAAUGUCUGGCUCAUCUCAAAGGCCUGCCGAAUCGCCUCCCGUCGCCAUCGCACCAGGCCCGACAGUUCAACAAUUUUCUCGUUCCGGUAUGUUUUUCGUAUUUGAAAUUUGAUAAAUUAGAAACUCUAACCUAAACUUCAUCAUUUAAAAAAACAUGCUACAAUUGUUUCCAACGCAGAGAAUAACUGCUUUCGGACACAAUUUUUGUAGCCGAGAAAAAAAAACCUUCAGCUCUGCACUUUAAUGAACCAGAGCCUACCUUACAGAUGUCACAGGUGCUAGCGAGUUGGUGGAAGGGAUAUUUGUGAUAUUCUCCUACAUUUUGAUUGUACUGACAAUGCCUUUCUCUUUCUCGGUGUGCAUUAAGGUUCGGUACUGUAAAAAUAAAAUCGAAAGUUCACAUUUCAGAUUGUUCAAGAGUAUGAAAGGGCUGUUAUUUUCCGGCUUGGACGCCUCAUUCCGGUUGUUAAAGGCCCAGGUGCGAAAAUGAAACCAGAGACACUUUCUGAAAAUAUUUGUUUCAGGUCUUUUUUUCAUUGUCCCCUGCGUCGACAACUUCAUUAAACUUGAUCUUCGAGUAGUUUCGUACAAUGUUCCUACGCAAGAGGUUGACUCCAAAAAUUUAGAGAUACUGUGAAUGCGUUUUUCUAGAUUCUUUCACGCGAUUCCGUCACAGUCUCGGUUGAUGCUGUCGUGUACUUCAAGAUUUCAGAUCCUAUCACAUCGGUAUUUGUGUAAAAUUCGAAGAUUAUGACAAUUUCCUUUCAGGUAGUGGCUGUCGAGAAUGCCACAGAAUCAACAAAACUUCUUGCUCAAACAACUUUGAGAACUAUUCUAGGAACUCAUACUCUUAGCGAAGUUCUCUCCGAAAGAGAAGAGAUUUCGGCAAACAUGAAGGUUUUAAUAAUCUUCUCAUUUCGGGCAUAAAUUUUCUCAUAUUUCAGAUAGCGCUCGAUGAAGCGACGGGACCAUGGGGAGUGAAGGUUCACCGUUUUCGUGUUAUUUCUCAAAUCUUCAUGACAACUAAACUGUUAUUUAUUUCAAAUUUGAAAACUUUUGUGGAACUUUGAAAAUAAUUUUGUUUUCUCUCAAGAAUUUGAAUGCAAUUUAUUUGAAGGUGGAACGAGUGGAAUUGAGAGACGUUCGACUUCCUCCGCAAAUGCAAAGAGCGAUGGCUGCAGAAGCAGAAGCGACACGAGAAGCAGGGGCAAAGGUCGACUUUUGACAGUUUCUUUGUAAAAAUCCCUUUCAGAUAAUUGCGGCUGAAGGUGAAAUGAAAGCUUCCGCAUCUCUUGCAAAAGCGGCUGAAGUGGUGAGACUUUUCGAGAGUUUCUGGAAACUUUGUCUUUCUUUCAGAUAAAUCAAAGCGAGGGCGCUAUGCAGUUGCGGUACCUACAAACGCUCAACACAAUAAGGUUGGCUGAUACUUUUCACAGAAGAAAUUAUUGAAAUUUCAGCUCGGAGAAAACUUCGACUAUCGUCUUUCCGUUUCCGAUGGAGCUCCUUGGUGGACUGCGGAACACUGUCAAAGUCAAUCCACAACCGUCUUUCUUCGCAACCUGA